AUGAAUAAUUCGAAAGAAAAUGAUUCAGUCUCAAAAUUAUCAUUCAAAAAUAAGAAUAUAAAAUUAAUAAAAGUACCUAAGUUUGUAUCUAAUAAGUGGUUACAAUAUAAUAAUAAAGAUAUUGUAGGUUUGCUUGGAUGCAAUAAUAAUAAUAAUAAUGAUAGUGAGAUUACCGAAUUGUAUGUUCAGAAAGAUGAUAGUGACAAUGUUAAGAAAUUACGUUGUAAUAAAAAUAAUACUGUAAAUACAUAUAUUUUAAAACAAAAUGUAAUAAAGUUAAAAAGUACAAAUAAAAGUGUGAGUAAUUCGGCAGGUACUCUAAAUAAUAAAAGUAAUGAUUAUACAAAUACAAAUAAAGGAAAGAAUACUAUGAAUAAUUUAUCGAAAGAUAAUUCUGAUAAACAUAAAGAAUUUGAUUAUGUUGUAUGUGCAGAUCUUAUUAAAACUUGUGAUUAUACUUAUUCAUUUUUACCAACAUUAGAUCAAGAUUAUUCAUCAAUAUUAAAAGAGAGACAUUACAAAACGAAUGUUAAAAAAGAAAGAUUUACUAUUAUAGAAACUAGGAAUGAAGAAAAUAUGGAUGCUACACAUACCUUAUUUAAAUAUUAUACAUCUGAAGAUAAAUUGAAUAACGAGAGUAAAGAUAAAAAUAUGAAAAAUAAUAAAAGAUUAUUUACAGACAAUGAUAACCUGAAUACUGUAUCUCACUCUACUUCCAAACAAAAAGCGAAACAAUCCAAAAAAAUGCAUGUUUUUGAUUUGGAUAAAGCAAAAAUUAGUAUUUUUAAAAUAUUCGAAAGAGAAGGACAGAACGGUGUUCCCUUUUCUUUUUUUACCAAAAGUUUUAAUAUUCCUGCUAAUCAUAUAAAGGGCAUUUUAGAUGAAAUAGCAAUAAAAGGAAAAAGGGACACAGAUAAAAAAACAGUCUAUUUCUUAAAAAAUUGUAUUGGGUAA